CCGCUUCCGGCCACUCAGUCAGGUUGUCCGGGGAGAGCGGCCGUCGCGAUGUCGGGCGCCUCUUCUGGGUCGUCCGGCUCCGGGGCGAGCUCGGUGGGCUCCGUGGUGCGGCGCUUCCUGGCCGAGUACAGCAGCGGGACGCCGAGCCGGCUGAAGGUGCUGGACGCCUACCUGCUCUAUGUCAUGCUGACGGGGGCGCUGCAGUUCGGCUACUGCCUCGGCGUCGGCACCUUCCCCUUCAACUCGUUCCUCUCGGGCUUCAUCUCGGCCGUGGGGAGCUUCAUCCUGGGCGUUUGCUUGAGGAUCCAAAUCAACCCACAGAACAAGAAUGAAUUUCAGGGGAUCUCGCCAGAACGGGCCUUUGCUGACUUCCUCUUUGCCAGCACCAUCUUGCAUCUUGUUGUCAUCAACUUUGUGGGCUGAUAAAGAAGAUAUAGCUAUCCUGGACUGGGCUUGUUAGAUGAAGGCCCCCAUCCCACUGAGAAGGCAAUGCCACACAUUAUGGACUUGGAUUUUUUCCCUGAGCUGGAAGAGGGUGUUCAGUUUUCCUGAAGGCCCAUUGCCUUCCAUUUCUUUGACUCUCAAUAAAGCCUUUUUGUUACA